AUGGACGCAGGGAUUCCUCCAAAGGCGCUGUCUCACCGGUUCACUCUGGAGCUUGAAUUCGUGCUAUGCCUGUCAAAUCCCCUCUACCUCCAAUACCUGGCUUUGAAUUUUCCUCACCUCUUGAACAAGCCAGCGACGUCACAGAAUACGACUGAGGCCGACGAUUCGGACGCGGCUCGAUUUGCGAGAUACCUCAAGUAUCUUUACAACUAUUGGCGCACCCCAGAGUAUGCCAAGUAUCUCACUCAUCCAGGAGCUACCCUUCGGAAUCUCGAAUUGCUCCAGCAAGAGCAGUUUCGGAAGGACAUCAUUCGUCCGGAUGUCGUUACCAAACUCUUCGAGACAGAUGUUGCACGGCACGACACACCGGACGUGACCGGCGGAAGAGAUUCGCCCCCGCUUCAAGUCUCCGGAAAUGCUGGACAGUAG